AUGGCUGACUGGAAAGAAUUCCGCGAUCGAGCCAAGCAGCUCAAGCCAGACGAGGCCAUCAAGCCAACUAGUUACUGGGUCGGAAUCCUUAAACACGAAAAGGAGCCCAGUCAAGCCUUAGCAGAAAAUGACUUUGUAUGGGCCAAGUGUCAUGGAAGAAUCACCUUCCAAACGCUAAAGGCUGAAUAUGAAAAACUUCAUUUCGUGGGCGAGACCGUAAUUCUCAAAGACGGGUUUGCGGAGAUUUCUGAUAAAACGACAGUUGCAGAGGCCGAUUUGUACUCGGACAGGCAUAUAAUUGUCCGAGCCAGCAAAGCGGCCUCAGUCUUCAAGCACGAGGAAGUUGAAGCACAGCCAUUAGAUUAGUUUCACAUAAUUAUUGAACUUGGUUGUAUUGACAGUCUUCA